AUGGUCCAAGUCGUCAAGCGCCAGGGCUACAAGCUGCUCAACCUCUGGACCACGGACAAGGCCACGUUCCCCGAGGAGCGCUUCGCCGAGCUGCACCACACGCUGGAGCCGCGCGAGGACCGCGGGUCGUCGUGGCGGCAGUUCCGCUUCCGCAUGGCGAACCUCAAGCGCAACCCGAUCAACCAGUCGCGCCAGUUCGACGACCUCUUCGCCAAGGAGGAAAAUCAGAGCGUCAAGAGAUAG